AUGUCGUCAGCGCCGUCCACGCUCCCGGCGGAUCAGCAGCGCCUGUUCGACCGGAUGAAUCGUGAAUACUCAAAUCGAGAGUACAGCAAGGCGCUGCGCACAUCGGAGAGUAUUCUCAGCAUCGUUCCAGAUCAUGUGGACACGUUUGCCGGCCGCGGGCUUGUCCUGUACAACAUGGACAGACAAGAGGAAGGCUACGAAUCCAUUAAGCAGGCCAUUCUCCUCAACCCCAAAUCGAUGGUAGCCUGGCACGCGUUAGGCAUGUGCCAGCGGCUCGAUAAGAAGUUUGGCGAGGCACUCAAAGCGUUCAAGCGUGCGUUAACCUUUGAUCCGACGAACACAGAAGUUCUGCGCGAUUUGGCGUCGGUGUGCAUUCAACUGCGGGACUGGCCUCUGUUCCUUGAGGCGCGCGAGAAGAUGGUCAUGGCAAAGGCGAGCGUGCGUGCAAACUGGGUGGCACUCUCAUGCGGCCACCGCAUUCUAGGCCACAGCAGGAUUGCCGCAGCUGUCAUGGACACCAUGGCGUCCAUCAUGGACACUGGUGACACUCCCGUCGAAGUGAGCGAGGCACAGUUGUAUCGUGUUGAGCUCGAGCUGGAAAGCGGGGCUCCACAGCGUGCGUUGGAGCUACUUAAAAAACACGACAUCGACAUAAUCGACGUGGAAACCAAGUUGCUGCUGCGCGCCAAGGCGCACGCGCAGCUCGGUCAGCGGAAUGAGGCAGAGAAGCGCUACAUGGAGGUGAUUGCGAUGGGUGUAUCGGAGGCGGACAGCAUCGCAGCACUGGCUCACCUGCAGAAGAUCCCUCUCGACCGUUACCUUCGUCCGGCUGUGGGGUACACGGAGAAGUACAUGGAGAUCAUUGACCGUGUGCUGAAGGCCUACCCAAAGUGCGACUACGCAAAACGUCACGCGCUGGACUGUGGGCCAAUCGGAGAGUUCAGUGAGCGCCUCGCUGUUUUCGUCACCCCCUACAUCCAGCGCAUGAUUCCGUCUUUGUUCAGCGUGCUCAAGUCGCUGUACGUGGAUGCCGAGCGAGCGGCAAAAAUGGGUGACUUCUUCGCGACGCUGGAGCAGGAGCUUGAGGCGAAGGACUUCUCCCGUUUUGGCGGGGAGGCGAGCCCAUGCUACAUUCUCUGGGUGCGCACGUUUCUCGCAUCGCACUACCGCCGCACCGGCGACUACGCGCUGGCCCAUGCCUACAUUGAAAAAGCUAUCGCCCACACACCGACACUAGAACUGCUUUACCUGGAAAAGGCAAAGAUUCUUGCACGAGAGGGCAAGACAGCUGAGGCCGCCGAGCAGGCAGAUAUGGCGCGGAGGUUGGACUUGCAGGACAAGUACUUAAAUAGCAAGGCAGCCAAGUACUACUUCCGCGACAACCAGGUGGAGAAGGGGGAGGCAACGAUGCAGCUCUUCUACAAACCGUCCGUAGUGGCGGGUGACACCUACCUCACAGCACUCGAGUCACAGUGCUAUUGGUAUGAGCGCGAGGUAGGAGAGGCCUUCUACCGAAAGGGUGACUACAUCUCUGCCUUGCAGAACCUUCUCAUGUUCGAGCGGCACCACGAGCAGAACCACUGCGAGCUCAGCGACUUCCACAACUACGUCUUUCGGCGCAACACAAUGCGCCCCUGGUUUGACGUGUUGGACUGCGACGACAACAUGGGUCGAAACAAAUUCUUCUUGAAGUUUUGUCCCGCCAUUGUGCGCACUUACAUGCGCAUCCACGAGAACGGUGAGGAAGCCGUGCGGGCGGCGCACGUACCGCGGCCAGAGCUGAAGUUUGAUGAGGUUGCCGCAGGCGAGGUGAAGCGGGUGAAGCAGUUGCACGCGGACUACUACAUGAGUGACGUGGACCUGUCAGAGCCUCUCGUCAAGGCGAGUCGCUACAUGGGCCACCUCCUGGACCACCGCAACGCCGAAGCCAGUACGCACACGCUCGCCAUCGAGCUGUACACGGCGGCCGACAAGCCUCUCCUUGUCGCUCGUGCGCUUCUCGCGCUUCACCGACAGCAGUACAACAAGACGAGGGAUCUUGUCAUGGCCUUCAAGACCGGGCUGUACACCACCACAACAAUGGACCCUCGCGUUCGGGCUAUUGUGGAUGAGAUCCUUACCAUUGUAUCGGUGUAG